AUGUUUUUAUUGAAAUUGAUUUCUCAAAAAUUAUGUGCCAUAAUAGUUAUAAUAGUUUUGUCGAUUACAUCGUUAGCGCUGUGCAACCAACAAUUGAGCAAAGCUUAUCCAGGUCUGCACUACCAUGCCGAGCAUCCUGAGCGGAGUAGAGGCUAUAAAUUUCUAAUCACUGGCGGCUAUCGGCCCACAGUAGCGAAUCUGACAAAAUAUUUGGUUUCGAUAAGUCAUGCGAAUUUUAAGAAAUUUUUUGGUGACGCACAUUUUUGCGGCGGUGCCAUCGUGAAACCGAACACAAUUCUAACAGCCGCCCAUUGUAUAAGCAAGCGUUUGUAUGGCUUUCAAAUGAUGCGUUCAAUUAUCGUAAUAGCUGGUACACCGAAUCGUCUACAGAAAACCGAACACACACAAAUUAUGAAAGUGAAACGUGUUGCCGUGUAUGGCGAGUCCAAAACCGAGAAGUCCGUCGAUAUUGCGGUUAUCAUUUUGCAGCGCAGCAUACGCAUCGACAAUGUGACAACAGGCGUAUUGCCGCUCACCGAUCAUCCGCUUCGUGCUGGUGAUAAGUGCACUGUCCUCGGUUGGGGGCGUGUAUUCGAUCACGGUCCGAUGCCGGCCACUGCAUUGUACGUGGAUUUGGAAAUUUGGACACGUCGAAAAUGUCAAUCUUAUAAAAACUUCUAUACGCCAUCCUUGCUAUGCGCCGGUGUACCCGAGGAUCCCGAACGCGAUUCAUGUGCCGGUGAUUCGGGUGGGCCCUUGAUAUGUGACGAGCAAGUAGUGGGUAUUGUUUCAUUCGGCAUCGGCUGUGGCACGCCCGGCUAUCCCGGCUUCUAUACGAACGUCUACAGGUACUUGGAUUGGGUGAAGGAAAAUCUCGCGUACCGGUUGCAUAUCAAUUAUAUUUUAAUGGUCAAAUUGAUAUUUUUCUUAUGGUUAUUGUAA